AUGUCGUCGGAACAAGAACGAGACAGAGCAGCGCAAGAAAGCCGAAAGAGUAGCAGCGCCACACCUCGGCGCUCUGAAGCAAUGGAGAAAACACUGGAUCAGAUUCGAGGCACAGUGACUGAAGUUACUGAUGAAUCAUUCAAUAAAGCUUGGGAUCGGGUCUAUGGUAAUAAAGAGUACAGACCCUCAUGGGUUGGGAAGAUCGAUGAGGGAGGACGAGCACGUGGCUUGCCUCCUCCCAAGUCUCUCUACGUACCGGGGACGGGGAAACGCUCCAAACCUGCCGCUGCUUACUCAUCUGAGCCAACUGAUGAAGUCUCAGAGCCACUUAAGAAGAUCGUUGAGGAGACAGCUCCUAAACCGGAAACCAAACCAGUACCAGAUGAGGUAUUCAAAUCCAAGCAGUACGCUGGGAUUCCAGAGAAGUUUCGCGCCAAACACGUCCCAAGCCCGCUGAAAAUUGGCGGGAAAGUUGUUCCACAAGAACUAGAACUUGACACGUGGAAAGACGCCAUUGCGACAGAGGAAGUUACCAGCGAAGGGAAACCAGUAUUUAAUAAAGUUGUGAAGCAAACCAACGUUGCUGGAUGGAUGGAUCACAAUAAUUAUUGGGAGGCACAGACGACCAGUCUUACUGCUACCGUUCCAAAGACAAGACGACGGCAGAAAAACAACCCUCAACACAAAGUAGUCACCGCAAACUAUGACAUGGUAGGAAAGUACGAAAACAAAGUCAGACGUCAGGAUUUGAAGCUGGGUGCUCGGGAACUUCCCGCUGAGAAGGAGUUAAAGAGAUGGGGAGAUGAUUUGGAUAUUCCUGGCGAUUUAGGAAGCACGGAUCACAGUGUCUCUGGUGGGACCAAGAUGGAGACUAAGACCAGCUCACCAAGGAGGCAGAAGUGGAAUGCCGUACUUAAACAUUCUAACGUACCUGGGUUCUUCUCGCAUAAUAACUACUGGAAAUGA